AUGGAGGACUGGGAAACCGCACAAGAGACAAUAAAAGCAGAUAUCAGUCAACUAAAGGACCAAGUAGGUCAAAUCUUGGAAGCCUUGAAGUCCUUAAAGGCCUCAGGAGAAGCUUCAUCAGCAAAGGGUGAGAAAAGCACUCACGACGCUCAUAUUGCUUUUCCAACGUACGGAUUGCCAUCAAGUUACACCCCACCUGUUGGAGAUUAUUCAGAGGCUGAACAUGCUUCCUUCUCAUUCCCAAUCAAUACUCCAAGGAAUGAAGGGACUACCUUUGCAGAACGACGAGUGACUGUAAUACCUAAGCCUUUAAACACAACUGUCGAUGAUGACUCUUUGGGCAAGAUUACACCACACCCUACUAUGCAAGUUGAAUCCGUUGAUGUUGAGGGAACCAAAACUAAGUUGGAAAUUUUAGAAGAACGACUACGAGCUAUUGAGGGAGGUGGAAACUAUGGGUUUGGCGAUAUUGCCGGUUUAAGCCUAGUUCGUGAUGUCAAAAUACCUCACAAGUUUAAAGUUCCGGAGUUUGAAAAGUACCAGGGUACCACAUGCCCUAGAAGCCAUCUAACCAUGUAUUGUCGAAAGAUGGCUGCCUAUGCUUAUGAUGACAAAUUGCUAAUCCAUUUCUUCCAAGAUAGUUUGGCUGGGGUAGCAUUGAAUUAG